AGCAAGUAACCAAUUCUAUUACCCCGUAUCUUCGUAAAACACCAUUGUGUGGAGAACUCAAACCUUAAAGAUUAGGCAUCAAUGGCGAGAAUAGCUUGUCAUCAAUGGCGGCCUGCUCUAUCUGGUUUGCAAAUGCCAUUCAAGUCUUCCUUUCUCUCUACUGACCCAUCUCUCACUCGUUGUAUUACAACGAACCAUGUAAUCCUUAGCAAACGAAGCUUAUCUUCUUCACCAUUCAAAGUUUCCAUGAGUUUGAAAGCUGGCAUUGUUGGUCUCCCUAAUGUUGGAAAAUCCACUCUUUUCAAUGCUGUUGUUGAAAAUGGGAAGGCGCAAGCUGCUAAUUUUCCUUUUUGCACAAUAGAACCAAAUGUUGGGACUGUGGCUGUUCCAGACCCAAGGUUACAGGUGCUUUCUGAUUUAAGUAAAUCUCAGAAAAUGGUCCCUGCAUCUGUAGAAUUUGUGGAUAUUGCUGGACUUGUUAAGGGAGCCAGCCAGGGAGAGGGAUUAGGGAAUAAGUUCUUAUCUCAUAUUCGUGAAGUCGAUUCCAUACUUCAGGUUGUACGAUGUUUUGAGGAUAAUGAUAUUAUUCACGUAAAUGGACGUGUUGAACCAAAGUCUGACAUUGAUGUCAUCAAUCUAGAGUUAAUCUUCUCAGAUUUGGAUCAGAUUGAAAAAAGAUUGGAUAAACUUAAAAAAAGCAAGGCAAAAGAUUCACAAACAAAAGCAAAGGAGGAAGCAGAAAGAUCUGCGCUGGAAAAGAUUCAACAGGUGCUUAUGGAUGGAAAACCAGCACGAUCAGUUAACUUGUCAGAUCCUGAAAAGGAUGCUAUAAAGCACCUUUGUUUGCUUACGAUGAAACCGGUAAUUUAUGUUGCAAAUGUAGCAGAGUCUGAAGUGGCUGAUCCUGAAAAGAAUCCUUUUGUCCAAGAAGUAACAAAGCUUGCAUCGAACUUGCAAUCAGGAGUGGUGACUGUCUCAGCACAGGUUGAGGCAGAACUUACUGAACUUCCAUCUGAGGAUAGAGUAGAAUACUUAAAAUCUCUUGGAGUCAGUGAAAGUGGUCUAGGAAAUCUUAUUAGAGCAACAUAUAGCCUUUUGGGUUUGCGAACAUAUUUUACUUCUGGAGAGAAGGAAACAAAAGCAUGGACAAUUCUUUCAGGGAUGACUGCCCCUCAAGCUGCUGGAGUUAUCCAUUCUGACUUUGAAAAAGGUUUUAUUCGUGCUGAGACGGUUGCAUAUGAUGAUUUCGUUGCUGCUGGUUCACUUGCGGCUGCAAGGGAGAAAGGACUGUUGAGAUCUGAAGGGAAGGAAUAUGUUGUACAAGAAGGAGAUGUCAUGUUGUUUCGCUUCAAUGUUUGAUUACAGUAUCCCUGGAGCAGAAGGAUUUGUUACCUGUCAGUUACAGCAAAAAAAACGACAUUGCUGACAAGUUGUACAAGCACAUCACUAUAUUCUUGAACUGUGGGAGCCUGACCUCAAAAGUGAGGAAGAUUCAUCGAGUAAUCACCAAAUUUUGUCAAAGAAGCAAUUGAUUCGUUCAUCAGUCUAUACUUAUUUCAUGUAUAAAGGCCAGAGAUAAUUGGAUUAUUGAUCCAAGGAAGAUAGAAUAAUUAAAUAUAGAAUGCUACUAAUUUUCUA